AUGGCUCCACGAGCCGCAGAAGCCACGGCAGACUUGCACUCUGCCAUUGACGUCAAUUCCAUUGCUCCUUUCUGGAGAAGAAAGAAUGGAGUCCUCCUGUAUUUCUUGCUUACGUCCUCACUCUUUGCCAGCAUGGCACUGGGGAUCGAUGGGAGUAUGACAAAUGCACUCCAAACACUACAGAGCUGGCAGGUCGAGUUUGGGCACCCGACAGGCUCAAUGCUGGGCCUCUUUGGCGCGUCCAACGCCAUUGGAGGAGUCAUCCCCUUCAUCUUCCUCAGCUGGAUCAGUGACGUUGCUGGACGUCGUGUUCCUACUGCCCUCGGCUCCAUUGUCAUCAUAGCCGGUGUUAUGGUCCAAUUCUUUGCGACAUCGCUGAAUAUGUUCAUUGGGGGCAAGAUUGUGCUCGGAAUCGGCUCCUCACUCAUCCAGAUGGGCGCGCCGGUGCUUGUUACUGAACUCUCGCACCCCAAGGAACGCGUGCAGGUCACAACGUUCUACAACACUAGUAUUGUGCUGGGCUACGUGGUAGGGGCAUGGGCUACCUAUGGCACAGCCCGAAUACCCAACGAGUGGAGUUGGAAGCUUCCUACACUGAUCCAGAUCGUCCCGAGCGCCUACCAGCUCACCCUCGUUUUCUUCUGCCCCGAGUCGCCUCGAUGGCUCAUGGCCAAGGGCAAGUCUGAAGAAGCACGGGCCAUUCUUGUCAAGUACCACGGCGAGGGCGAUAUCGACAGCGAGCUUGUCAAGUACGAGUGCGUCGAGAUUCAGCAGGCUAUCGAUAAGGAGGCCGAGGAGAACAUGACUUGGAAAGCCUUCUUCUCGUCCAAGGCUAACCUCAAGCGCAUCGGCCUGUGCUUCGCUACUGCUCUCUUUAGCCAGAGCUCUGGAAACCUGCUCGUAUCCAACUACCUCACUCAGAUCCUCAAGGACACGGGCAUUACGGAGCAGAAGGACGUCACCCUUGUCAACGGCAUGGUGACGCUGUGGCAGUACAUCAUCGCCAUCACGGUGACCGUGCUGAUUGACCGCUUCAAGCGCCGCACCUUCUUCCUCGUCGGGUCCGGCGGCGUGCUCGUCGUCUUCAUCAUGUGGACCAUCUCGGCCAAGACGUACCUGGACGGCUCUCUGGCGGCCGGGCGCGCCGUGCUGGUGUGCAUCUUCCUCUUCCAGGCCUUCUACACGUGCGCCUGGACGAACCUGGUCGUCACGUACCCGCUCGAGAUUGUCACGCUGCAGAUGCGCGCCAAGGCGUGGGCCUUCGUCCUGCUGACCAUCCAGGUAGCGUCCAUCUUUGGCGGGUACGUCAACCCCGUCGCGCUCGAGGCCAUCUCGUGGCGGUUCUACAUCUACUACUGCGUCUGGGUGGCCUUUAUCUUUGUGGUCGUGUACUUCUUCUUCGUCGAGACGGCCGGGCCCAGCCUGGAGGAGCUCACUUACCUGUUCGAGGGUCAUGAGGUGAAGCAGAAGAUGGCAAAGGAGAUCGAGGUGAAAAAGGCAGAGCAGGAGCACGCCUUCCACAUCGAGGAAAAGACAGUAUGAAACUUGACUAUGUUCUACACACGGUUAGUAACACAGUAACAUCAAGAGAUGGCGGAGGAUUGCUUCAUAGAAGUAUUUGUGCCAGCAGAUAUGGCAGACAUCGCAAGAUAGGACAAUAUUGUGCG